AUGGCGGAGAGCCCCACGCCUGAAACAGGAACUCCGGAGUCUCAGAGUCCAGCAAGGACCCCGCCUGCGCUCAUAACAACAGAGGAACUCUUGCAGAGCAUGGUCGCAAAGAGCCCUGAGGCCGGAAUUUCGCCCUAUGCGCCAUCACCCAGCGGAAGCGUUUCUCAGCGCGCCCCAGUGGAGCGGUACGAGUUCUUGCGGGCAGCUGACGCUGGCCACAGGCUGCAGGGCUUACGUUUGCCCCCGGAGGAGGAGUUGCGAGCAGCUGCACUGGGGGGUCGACCAGCCGUUGGCCCGCCGCCUAGAUUGCCGCAUCAGCUGAGUCCGGCAUUGCAGUCUGUACUAAUUGGCUGGCGCUCAGUCUACGAGUCUUGCCGUACGACACACGAUCUGCAGGCGUUAGUGGGGGACUGCUACGCACACGAUGCGGUGUUUGAGGACGCACUGGUGUCAGCCCGGGGCCAGGAGGCUGUGUACCGCCAAUUCGCCAUGUUGGGAGCUGCCGUACGUUCCGUACAGGUGGCCGCCUACUCGCUGUCCGUGGCGCCGCUGUCGCGGCCCGUGGUCUUCUUGGAGGGGCAGCCACAAGCGGCCAAGGGCCCUGCAGCCCCGCCGCUGCGCGAGGCUGCGCGGCGGCCUGGGUCGCAGCAGCAGCAGCAGCCAGUGGGGCUUCAAGCGGUGAGGAGCCUGACCCAGCAGCAGGUACAGCUACAGCGGCAGCAGCAACAGCUGGGUCUGCAGCUGCAGCCGGAGCAGGGCGGAGCCGGCGCGCCGGGCCACCGGCAGCUGCCCCAGCCACAAGCGCAGCCAUUGCAUCUGACCCGGGUCACGGUGGAAAACGUGCAAUGCUUUGAGCUCGGUCUGCCGCCCUGGCUGACCUGGCUCGUCGGGGGCAAGGCGCCGGGACUGCAGGUUCAUCUGUACGUCACCAGCAUCCUGUUGGUGGCGUCGGACGCGCCGCUGGCGGUCGGCAGCGGCGGCGGGCUGGAGGCUGGCGGUUGGCCUGCAGACGUGACGGCGAGUCGUCUGGCUGGAGCUGCAGCGGCUUUGGGCCGUGACGAUGGCACGGGUGGCCCCAGCGGCGGCGGCGGCCUGGUUGGGCCUAGGCUGGGCGGUGCUGGGGGCGGCGGCGCCUCGUUUCCCAGCUGGCGCAUCGUACACCAGAUGUGUCAGUCGGGCGCAAACUCCACCGCUGCGCGGUAUGAGCUCACAGGGUUGUGCCGGCAUGCACGCAUGCGGCCCUUCACAGUCCAUAACAUGGUCUCUUCCCUGCCCCGCAUUGCUGGGCAAUGUCCUUAG